GCGCAAAAAAAUUGUAUUGAAUUCGUAUUUGACAGUUCAAAAGCGGCGUUUCAUUUGCAACCUGCGAUUUUUCGCGUUUUUCUUUAAUUUUUCUCAGUUUUACUUUGCAAGGAAAGAUGUGGGACGAUUUUAGAUUGUCAUCAAACGAUGAAUUAACUAUAAAUAAUACACUGUGUGUGAAUGGUUUGUUCCAGAUUGCAUCAUCCCAAGAGGUGAAGAAUCAGCCAAAAGUCCAUGCAGCUGUCCAGAACAGCAAGAUAUUUGUUGCAGUGGAUCAGAGUCUUGUUCUUAUUGAGAAUGAGAAUGUGGGGGAGUGCAAAUUCCUAAGUUUUGCAGAAUCUCAAAUUGAUUGUGUCUUUAUAUCGGAGUCCGGAAAGUUGGUGGUUUGCUGUUUGGCUAACGGGAAUAUCAAUGGGUUUAGCAUAACUGGGAAUCCUUUGUUUAGCCUGAAGGUAAAUGAAGAGGAUAUUGGACAAGAUAGGACCUUUGCCGGCAUCAGCAGUUGCAACCAGGAUCUCUAUGUUAUGUGCACAAGUGGUAGGAUGUACAAGGUGGGAAGUGUUGAUGAGGAUAGAUCGCUAAAUGGAAUUGAUAACAAUGAAACUUUGGUUUUUGAUGAGACCAUCUCAUCAAAUGCUCAUCUUACUCGAAUUUUUUCAAAGAAAUUCUACAAUGAAAUCAUUUCGUUUGUGAUGAUUCCACAAGUUAAUCCUCCAAUGGCUGUAUUCAGUGAUUCUAGCCGUAUUUACAUUUAUUCUUCCGGGGAUGAAUGUCCAAUUUCUUUGGCUGUUAGUAGUGUGAAAAAAUUGCACAUUUUCAAGCACUAUCUCCUGGGAUUGUGUGAGAAUGGAGAUAUCCUGGAGAUUUGUCCAUUCACCGGGAUGAUGUAUAACAUGAGCAUAGAGUCAGAUUGUAGAAUUGAUGAUAUGGUGCUGUUGGAGAGCACUGGGGACAAAAUUGAACUCAUGGUUCUCACAAAAGCCAAUAGAAUGGGUCAAAAGAUGCUGAAAAUUGUGGAAUUUCCAACAAUGCGAUCAUUGUAUGAUCUGGACAUGAGUGAGCAUAUUUGGUUGGUAGAGCAACCAAAAUCUUCAAUGGGAAUGUACUAUUUGGUGGGGAAUAUUGUGGAAGAUAGAGCAAUUCCACAGGAAAUUGAGAUGAAGAUCAUUUCUGAGACACUUCCAGAGCAUCAACUGAGAAAGAUGAUCUGUCGUGGGCGAUUGGAUGAGGCUGAGAAUUUUGCCUUACAAUUCAAUCUCAGCCUUCAGUCCAUCUAUGAGUGUCGAAUUAGUCAACAAGUAGCUGGAAUGGUCAAGUGCAGGAAUACCGAGGUGUUGAGAGAGCAAUUAACUGAUUUCCUUCAGCUCCUCGAUAAAAUUGAUAAUCCGAAAAUUUUGAUCAAUCUCUGGGACAUUGAAAUUCCUGAUCGUCAAAUGACGGCAGAAUUUUUGGAAUAUAUUCUGAAGAAAGUGCCUGGUGAUGAUGAAGGUCAUAGGGAUGUUAAGUACAAAAUUGCAGAAUAUUUGCGCAGGAUUGAAACACUGCAUCUCAUGGAUCCCUCAGAUUCCCUGCUUGAAUGGCGCAAAUUUCUCAGUAGUCAGAAUUUGCUUAAAGUCUGUGUUGAGUACUUUUCAUCGAGCAUCUCAAAGGCUUGCCUGAUCUGGUCAAGGCAUUCAUCGCAUCUCAUUCCCAAUUUGAACACAAAAGAUCUCAUGAAAAUUCUCAAUAGUUUCCCCAGCACAGUUGAACCUUUGGCCGUUAUUCAAUGGCUGCAUCACUUCACACCGUCCCUUCUGCAGGUUCAUCCCGAAUUUAUGCCCACAAUUGUUGACUGGAGCAUUGUGAAGAUUAGAUUUUACGAGAGUACAGCUGCAUGGAAGAAUAAUACCCUGGAGAUAUGUAACAGUAUUCUGGAGAUUUUUUCCAAUCUUCACUUUAUCAUUGCUGAUCCUCGGCGUCAGUAUGACAGCAAUCUCCGAAAAUUGCAGGUGCUAAAGUUUGCCCUGGAAAAUCUUAAGAUUCUCAAGAAUGACUACAAUGUUGUCAUUGGACUGAGUGAUUAUCUGGAAAAUAGCCUAGAGGAUACAACAUUUAAACUCUUACUUGGUGUCCAGACAGAUAAAAUUCAGAGUCUCAUAAAUGAUUUCAUCUAUCCGAAUUUCAUGGAAGUCAAUAAGUCCCCAAUUGAGACACUAGUGAGGUAUAUUAAUUUUCUCAUAACCUACCGGAAAUCCUUCUGCUACUGGCAAGAUAGAGCUGUGAUUGCUCUUGAAUUGAUUCCGGAUGAAGAUGAAAGGCUGCAGUGUGCACAGAAUGUUUUGAGAGAAGCACCUGUACCAUGGUCACCGGUUCUCAUGCCCCUCAUCAAGUAUAGUUGCCUCAAUCAUCGUCUAGCUCAGGAAAUCCGCUCAAUCUAUGAUCAGCGAAUUGUUAAGAUGAUCAAGCUAAAAUAUCACUGGCCACAAAAUGCCCCUGAUGACUAUCUCAUGCUCAUCUGUAGGAUUCUCAAGGAGAAAACCUCCGAGAUGUGGAGUGAUAUCAAGAGUUUGAUUAUGACAGUGCCAAAAAUUGAGAAAAUGGCAUAUUAUUGCUGCAUUCAUGAGCUCACUAAACAGGAAAAUUUCAAAAUGAUUCUCCAUUUGCUCGAGGAAUUGGGUGAUAAUAGUCACGAGAUUAUUCAAUAUAUCAUGGAAACAUUCAUUGAAAUGCUCGAGGAUGGUGUAGAGGUGGACCAUGAGAAGAACUUUAUACAACUGCUCAAUAUUCUGGAUAAAAAAUCAGAUCAGUCAAUGAAAGAAAAUGUUCAGCAGAUUAAUCGGCUAUACGCACUAAAAGGUCGAUUUGAAAAUCAAUUUGUGAAUCUCAGAAUCAAUGAUCUUUCAGAUUCAAAGAGCAUUUUUGAUAAAGGCAUGAACAUUAUUGUGAAUAACUUGAGAAACUACGGAGAUAAUCUCAUUCUGCGACUCUGGAAUGACGUUAAGAUUCUAACGGAAGCUGUUAAUAUGGAUUUCCUCACGGGACUUAUUCAUUUAGCACAAAAGUGCUCCAAUCUCCAACUGUCCUGUGCUCUUGCAUACGAUAUCCUCACAUUGAUUGAAAUAACUAGUGACAAUUGUGAUCGAUUACUUCAAUUCUGUGCUUUGCUUCUUGUGCAACAGGCUCAGGUUUUUGAUUCUGAAGAUGCAAUUUUUGAAGAUACUCUUACAUUUCCCAUAAUCUACAGAUUUCUCGCAAAAAUCCUCCAAGUGACCAAAAUUUAUUAUCUUGAGGCAAAAGAAAUGGUCGUAUGGGUACGAAUGUGUACUGAAUUCUACUGUGAUUCAGAUCUCGAUGACUACUACGAGGGCAAGCACACAACAAUUAGCAAAAAUAUUGCUAAAAUAUUCAUGAACAAUCAUGACACUCUCAAAGAAUUAAAGCUUGAUAAGAAGAGGAUAUCUAUGUCAAUUUUUGAUGAAAUUCUGAGCCCUACAACACAAGUUGCCAAGGAAGUCAAAUUGGAAUUGCAAAGCAUCAUCAAAUGCAUUUCAACCAUCAUGAAAAUAGUCUUUCAUUAUCCUGAAGGCUUGACCUUUGGUUACAGACUCCAAGGAUUUAUCAAAUCAUAUGAUGAAACACUGGAAGAUGAAGAAUUCGAUAGAUUGAAAGAAUAUUUAUCUGAACACAUUCAGAAACUCUUUAAGCUGAAGAUGUACUCAACACUCUACACAAUUGCUCUAAAAAUUAUUGAACUGCAGAAGAAAUGUGGAUUCGAAAUAAUCCCACAAGUCUCGGUUAACCUUUUCCAUGCCAAACUUUUGAAAUCGUCCCUGUCCGAGAGGCAGUUUAAUUUAAUAGAAUGCUUGGCUCAACUGGUGUCCAGUGAAUCACCUGAGAAAUUCGUCCAUUCGUUGGAUAUUCCUCCCAAAAACGAUAUGGUCAGACUGAAUUAUUACACUCUGAUGGAGAAUUACUACAAUCUCUCUGGUAAUGAGGAAAAAGCAUUGCAGGAGAGAGAAAAUCGCAUCAAGUAUCAAUUUAUAACGGAGAUACGUAAGAAGAAGCCUGAUUUUAGGCUAAGCUCAAACCUAGAAAGUAUGGGUCUUGAGCAAGUGAUCAAGGAAGUUUGUACAGUGCCAAUUGAUGUGGCAUCACUUAAAAAUUUAUUUGGGAAUUUAUCGUGGAAGGGUGACUAUCAGGACUUAUUGGUGUCUCAAUUGUUGCUUGUACUGAAGCAGCAAGAAUUGAAAUUUGAUGUGACUUUUGAUGAAUUUGGCAAAGAAAAAAUCACAGUUCAUAAUUCUGUGGAGGAUAUUGUGAAGCAAUGUCGACCGUAUAUGGAUGAGAUUUUGAGGGAGAAAUUGCUCAUGACAAAAUUGAUUGGAUUUAUGUCAACGAUGAAUUUCUAUUUCUACGAAAUGUAUAUCAGUAUCAUUGAAAUACUGAUGGAAUUCAAUGUACUACCACCUGAAAUGGGAAUGUGGAAGACUAUUUUGGAAUUUCUAAAACACAAAAUGACUGUCAGGAGACGUACUAAGGCAACACAGGAGGAAGGUGAUUUGUGGCUGCAGGCCCAAUCAGAUGGGGGAAUGUUGCCAAAAAUUGCCAAAUAUCGAUUUCCAUUUCAAGUUAUCAUCAAAAAUGAUUUGCACAAAAUUCUAGGGGAUGAAAUUCACGUGGAUAAUUGUAAGGAUUGGUUUCCACUCAUAAAGAUUCAUACGCUGUAUUUCUACAAGGAAGCCACAAUGGCCAUUGUGACGGAAACUACAGAGAAAUUUUGCAUGACUGCAAUUAAAAAUUCCAUGGCAGAAUACAAGGCGCAUACGGAAAGGGGGGAAAAUAGUGAUGCUUGGCAAUUGAAACCAACUGAUAAUUCUAUGUUGAAAUCAAUUAUUAAAUUGACACAAUUCAUGUCGACAGAAUGGAAAAUAUUUUCUGUACUCUAUUACGUGACUAAUUACACAGCAGAUGGAGUGGAUCAGGUGGAGGCAGCAUAUGAAUGCUACAAAUAUGCCAUGGAGAAUGAGAAGAAAUUGGUUGUGAGUGAAGCUGCUAGGGAUAAAUUGAUGAAGAUCAAACGAAAGUAUCCGAUGAUUAAAAUUCAACACUUGCUGCAUGUGCACAAACUCAAUGAGGAAACUUUGUUGAAUUUGGUGGAGAAUCCCAAGGAAUUGAUUCAUGCUCUUUACCUCCAUGAAUCAAUUUUGAAGCCUCAACCACCAAAUAUUACGCAUCUUGUUGAAGAAAUUGCAGAGCUGCACGCACUAGAUUUGCGUGUUAUUCAAGCCCAUUUGUUGACCAAAUGGCUAUCGAUAAAUGUGGACAAUAAUGAAUCCAAUCCUGAUGAAACACUCCUAUUGGACAAUUUGCAGGAGGAUAAAUGCUCAAAUCAGGACAGUGAUGUAGAUAAUUCUGUCAAGAGAGCACAAUAUAUUUUACAGAGCUGGCCAGAAGAUGAUGCUGUUCAAUUUCUCAUUACUAUUUCUCAUCAGAAUCCACAGAAUCCUGAGAGUGAGCUGAGGAUCUUUGAAUGGAUGGUCCAGCUACUGGAUGAUGACAGUACUGAAUCAAAGAGUGUUAUUGCUCAGAAAAACUAUGUUCAAGUGAAGGUAACCAGUGAUCUCAAGAAAUUGGGCUUCAAUUUGCCACCAGCAAGGUACAACAAUUAUGAUAAAAUUUCCCUGUUAAAGAUGAUUUGGCAAAAGAAUGGAAAUAAUCCAGUUGCUGUUCAUGCAAUGGCACUUAUCUGCUUGGAAUUUGACAUAAAUGAAUAUAAAAUUUGGGAUGUGAUCCUACGUCGAAUGGUGCACUUUGAGAUGAAAAAAGAACUCCUGUCCAUUGUAAAUUUCCUGUCGGCUAAGCAAGAACUUCUAUCUGUAGAGGGUUUAAGGAUUGCCUGGGAAUGGUUAAUCAGAGCUCCCUUUGAGAAGGCAUCUCGUGUAACAACAUCCAAGGAUACUGAAGAACUCUGCCGAUCACUAACACUUCUACAAACUUGCCCAAUAACAUCCAAGAUUAACUUAGUGAAUCUGGCCCAUUUGUGUGUGCAUAUUGAACAGGUGCACAUGGCUGCGAUACUUAUGGUCUAUGGCAACAAGGAAGACAGGAUUACCAUUAAAAAUCUGGUUUUGAAGCAUAAAUCAUCUAAAAUAAAGGAUGAACUUGAGGAGCUGGAACUUAAUGGAAUUCUUCCUGUUCUCAUUAAAAAUGCCACUACAGAAAUUUUUCACACACUGGAUUAGGAUAAAAUAUUUAUUUAAUCAUGAACUCCAGUAAUUGUAAUACAAAAUCUGAUUAAAAAGAUUAUUCUACAUA